AUGCAAGACAUUUGCGAAAAUAUUCGUACAGCUAUUGAACAUGGACGUACAGAUAUAAUUAGAUCCCUUUUAGAUGCCUGUGAAAAUGGUAAUUCAGCUGAAGGUAUAACGAAAGAAAAGAUUUUAAAUCAACCACUUUUAGAAGAAGGUACCUUUCUUUCAUAUGCUUCAAAGGCAAAUCAACCAGAUAUUGUAAGGACAUUGUUAAGCUGUGGUGCUAAUCCAGCUAUUCAGAAUAGUAAUGGAUGUAAUGCUGUAGAUGUUGCAUCAAGUGAUGCAAUACGCCGCACUUAUAUUGAAGAAUUAUUAAGGGCAACUGCUGCAUCUGAGAUAGACAGGGUGAUACAACUAUUAGAUGCAGGACUAAAUGUAAAUUCAUGGGAUUCCCAUGGUAGUAAAAAUACACCAUUACAUUGGGCAGCCUGUUAUGGGAACAAAGAUAUUGUCACAUAUUUAAUUGAAAGAGGUGCAGAUGUAAAUGCUAUAAAUGGCUGUGGUGCUACACCAUUACACGAUGCAGUAGAUCGUGGUGAUGUUGCUGUUUGUCAGGAAUUGCUACAAGCAGGUGCAAAUCCUCUUGUACGAGCAACUAAAGGAACUUUUGCAGGGAAAACUCCAUAUGAUCUUUCUAGAGGAAAGCAAUCUUUGCACUGUUUCCUUCAAAGAUUUUUACCAAACUUCGUAUCGAAUGAGAGUGAAGCGGUACAUAGUCCGACUACAACAUUUGCAGAAGGAAAUUUUUGCCAAAAAAGUAUUUCAAGUAACAUGAGUCAGCUUUCUAUAGAUUCUGGUAAAUCAUUAGAUCCGGUGUAUGAGGUACCUAUACGAGAAUCGGGCAAAGAUAGUCCAACUAAAAGUACAGAAAAAGAUGGAAUUUAUAGUUUACUGUGGCCGCAGCCGAAAACGGUUGUUGAAUUGAAAAACGUCUCUACACCCUUUAUUGCCGGGAAAGAACUAUUUAUAUCUAUAAUACAGGGUACCGAAUCCAUUCAUAAAAUACUAGACGUUUGGGAAAUUAGCAGAACUCAUUUACUAGAGUUGGGUUACGAUGUAAAAAUCGGUGAAGUGCAUCCCAGUUCGGGAAAAUUACUUAAUGAGAACAGAAUUGAAUGCAUAGUAAAUAAAAAAUUAUUCAAUAAACCUGAAGGAUAUCAGUUACAUAUUUCACAAAAUACUAUUAAAGUUGGAGCCGGAAGUUUAGCUGGAUUACAUUAUGCAGUUUGUACUUUUGUACAAAUUUUGCGAUUAAGCAAAAUUCAUAAUCGAUCGGAAGCAUGUGAAAUCGAACCAAUUUUUAUAAAAGAUGAGCCGAGAUUUACUCACCGUGGAAUAUUGUUAGAUAUUUCACCCAGAGGGCGUAUACCUACAUUAGAAUAUUUGCUACAUAUGAUUGAUUUAUGGUCGUCUUUUAAAAUAUCAUAUUUACAUCUGUACUCAAGACUUACUCCAAAUUGCGAUUGGCAACUUUGUUAUUCAAAGUCAGAAAUGGUUACUCUUGAUCGUUAUUGCAGAGAUCGACAUUUAGACUUGGUUCCAACUUUAGAUGUUGAUUCUAAUGUAGGACAACAUCAUUUAUCACAAAUGUGGCCUAUAUUUCAAGAACUAUUGGCAGUAUUCCCAAGUUUAAGUUACGUUCACGUUGGACCCAGAUUAGCCAAUUUACUUGUUCAGGCGGAUAAUUUUGAUUUGAAUUUGUCUGUAAAUGAAACCAUAGAAACAGAUAUGUCGGAAGUGUUUAAAUCAUACUCCUGCCUUCAAGAAUUAUGGCAUAUCUUAAAUUUAUGUCCGAGUACAACCUUAUUGUUAUGUUCCAAUGGCUUACAUUCCAAAGUAGAAUUUCAUAAUAUACCCAAUAACAUUAUUCUUGUUGAAUAUGGAUUUCAGGCAGAUUAUGAUUUUUCCGAGUGGACGGAAGCAUUUAAAAUAGCAGGUGGUAAUAUCUUACCGAGUUCCGGAACAGCGAGUUAUAACAGUUUAGCCGGAUGUCCGCCAUCAACUUAUGCAAAUACAAAAAAUGCUAUAAAAACUUCCCUCGAACAGGAUUCAGUAGGUAUAGUUGUAGCACAUUGGUCUGGAAGUCAUCAUCUUACUCCUCAUCCUUUUGCUUGGAUUGGAUAUUUAAUUGCAGCUGGAUUGGCAUGGAAUCCAAUUAGUGAAAUAGAUAUGGGGGUAGAUGAUAAUUACGAUAUGCCAGAGGCAUUUGGAUCAAGGCAAAAAUGUAUUACAAAAUUACUUGAUAUUCAUGUUUUCCAAGAUUCAGAAUAUAAAAUCGGUAACGCCAUACUAGAGUUGGGUCGUUUAGAUACUUUAGUACUUACCUUGAGUAAGAAUCAAACAGCAAAAGAUUUACAACAAAUUCCUGAUAAUCGCGGAUCAACGUUGUAUAGAUUACUAACAGAUCCGGAUAAUGUGAAUUUAGAAUAUCUUUCAGCCGAUUUGUUUGCGAAAGUGACGAAACAAGUCAAACGUAUUUCGCAUUCGUUAUACGAAGCUAAUUUAUCAUCGAAAUUUGGAUCAAUGGAAAUACAAGAACUUCAAUUGACUGCUGAUAUAAUGUUGACGGCUUGUAAAAUCGGCAGAACAUUGAUCGGUGUCGGUGUUAAUCCUAAUAGCAAUAUGGGUCUUGCAGUAAUCAAUUUAGGAAUAUGUAAUCUACCACCUACAUUUAGAACUGACGUAGCAAAUAAGAUGUUAGCACACAUAGAACAAUAUAAAGGUUCAUGGUUACAAAGGCAUUUACCUCAGGGCCUUCAAAGCUCUUUACUAGUCCUUACUAGUGCUUUACACAGGUUUGUGCCAGAAACAUAAAAGAUUUUCAUAUAAAUGUAUAAAAUAUCAGUUCCUGCUAUGCAAGACUGCAGGUAUAUGCUGUGCUAAAAACAAUUACAUAAAGAGCUUACUAAUGUUCCUUUGAAACAACACUUACUGGCACCGAGUAAUUUAACACGCCAUUGUCCCGUCUAUUUUAAAUACGAUUUCAAUGAUCUUCCUAAUUCAAUAUUUUAUAUUACAGUAAUUCUUAACAUGAUUACUAAAAAAAAAAACCAUUUUCAAGG